ACGCUGGCGAGGCUCGUGCAGUACUUAUUUAGGCCUUUUCAAUGUAAUCUAAGCUUGUGUAUACCCGACAGUAGAUAAUCAAGUAACAGGAUGUCGCUCGUUGCGGUAGGCGCAUGCUAUCUAGACACGAUCCUAACGACUCCCCAUUACCCUGGAGAAGAUGAAAAGCUUCGUGCUUCCAAUAUCUCUCGUCGGAGAGGGGGCAACUGCCCCAACACGCUUGAGGUUCUGCAGCAGUUGGUUGCUCACGGCUCAUCGACCGCGCAACUAUCAUUGAACCUGGUUGCAAUCCUGCCCGCCAGCUCAUCGGCUGCUUCGCAGCAGAUCCGGGCGGCAUUUGAACCGCACGUGAACCUGGAUCACUGCAUCUACCGAGAAGAUCUAACAGAGCCUGCUUCGAGUUACAUCUUCAAAAGCCAGGCGACGGGGAGCCGGACCAUUGUCAACUACAACGAGCUUCCGGAGAUGACCGUUGAUGAAUUUGUCACGAUUGCCAACACUUUAGGCCCGACGAUUUCGUGGUUUCAUUUUGAGGGCCGGAUACCUGAGGUCACCCUGUCCUGCAUCCGUUACCUGCGGCAACAUUUCCCCUCGGUCAGAAUCAGCGUCGAAGUAGAGAAGCCAGGACGGCCAGGGCUGCAGGAACUCGCGGAGGAAGCCGACGUUGUUUUCUAUUCGAAGAGCUGGGCUCAGGGAAAUGGGUAUAAUUCGGCAGAGCAAUGUGUUCAAGAACAAUCGUCUCUGACAAAGAAGGCCUCGCUUCUGUGCUGCACAUGGGGUGAACAUGGAGCAGUAGCCUUGAGUACUGCUACCAAAGAUGCGAUUCAUCAGCCCGCAUACACCGCGCCAGACUUUCGUAUCGUGGAUACAAUAGGUGCUGGCGAUAGUUUCAAUGCCGGCAUGCUGUACGCGCUUCUCUGUCAGCGUGAUGAAUGGAGUUUGUCGCAAAAGCUAAGCUUCGCAAACCGAGUUGCUGGAAUGAAGGUAUCCCAAGAGGGCUUUUCAGGGCUUCAUCGUGCACUGAGCUCUAUACGUUGAGAUGAAUCUCUGACUAGCGUGGUAUCUGCAUCAUGGCGCAAUUAUUUUGCAGGGCGACAGGGAAUCGUUCAAAGCCGUCUUGAACCGGCUAUAAGCGUUGAGACUACAUGGAGCGAAGACUUGAUCCUACUACAGAGAGAGGCAGAAAUCGCCGAUACACAUGGCAAUGAAAGACAUUGAAGC